AUCCCGUCGAAGACCGUACCGACUCCGAUCGAGAAAGUUGUCUCUUUGGUCUCCCGAACCGGACGAGAUUUGCAGCGUUACGAUACCGCAGGGUAUCGUCAGGUCGUCGGAUGUGUACCGUACAGAUACAAGAAACAUGGUGGUGGAGAGAUUGAAGUUCUUUUAAUAAGUGCACAGAAGAAAGGGAAAGGGAUGUUAUUACCGAAAGGAGGUUGGGAGAUUGAUGAAUCAAUGGAAGAAGCAGCCUUGAGGGAGACAAUCGAGGAAGCUGGAGUUACGGGGAAGCUCGAAGAAACGCUCGGGAAAUGGCAGUACAAAAGCAAAAGACACAGCAUGAUUCACGACGGCUACAUGUUUCCUCUGCUUGUUAGCCAGCAGUUCGAGCGGUGGCCCGAGUCGGAAUUCAGACAACGGAAAUGGGUUUGUUUGUCCGAAGCGCUCGAGUUAUGUCAGGAUUGUUGGAUGAGAGAAGCUUUGGAAGCGUUCAUUAUCCGGAAGUGCCAAUGA